AACCAGAGAGGCGUUAGCGUCACUACGACCUGUUGAGGUUUAUCCAAGUCUUCACGCCAACACGUCCCACGUUCACCCGGCGUUACUUUGCUGGCUAAACACCCCGCUGCCCCGAUGGAACACACGUUCGCGUCUUGAAGAAGACAGUGCUGGCUCUCGUACUGGUUCCUCAUUUGAGGAAAGCAAUGAGAAAUUGCUCAAGUUCUCCUCCAAUCCACGUGCACGUGGACGAUGCCAUAGCGGUCCAUGUGCAUGUGAAGAGUCCACAGGGGAAGACCAAGGUCGACAGAGCAAAGCUCCAUCCCACAGCAAAGGUCAAAACUCGGGUGCCAUGGAUACCACCAGGAAAGGCCUCUGUACGGGAUGCUUCAUACAAGUGGGAGGGGCCAACACACUGCCUUGAGAUCACACAACCGCUCCCUGAACCGCUCCCUGAACCGGGACCUGAACCAGGACCUGAACAUUCCCAGUCUGUGCUGCGGUUAGCGGACCUCACAUCAGAAGAAGAAGAAGGGCUGCACGGGCGAAUCAGCCAGUAUGAGAGGAAGAUUGAGAGCUUACUGACUGAAGUCAGCUCUCUGAGGAACGAGGUUGAACUGCAGAAGAAGGAGCAGCUGCUGGAGCGUCAGUCGGAGCAGCUGAGUGUCUCCCAGCGGGUGAUCGCUGAGCAGGAGGAGGAGCUGGCUGAGGUGACCGAGGAGAACACACGCCUACGCCUAUCCAUGGAGAAGAUGCUCGAGGACACCCAUCACGACAGACAGGACCGUGUGCAGCAGGACAAAGAUGCUCUGCUCAGGAAGCUGGUGGAGGCUGAGAUGGACGGGACAGCAGCUGCCGAGCAGGUGUCCGCCCUGCGGGGAUCAGUUUCCGGACUGUGCGGCGCUGUGGGCAGUAGGCCGUCUGGCUCUGACUCGUCAGUCUUGGCCCGGCAGAAGGAGCUGUUGCUACAGAAACUGGAGACUUUUGAGGCCACAAACCGAACUCUGCGGCAGCUUCUCAGAGACCAGCAGGGCUCCCAGAUGGAGUCAAUCCGAGAGUCCGAGCAGAAGGACGCGUUACUCCAGAGACUGGCCGACACGGAGGCAGACAAUGCUCACCUUGUGGUGAAACUUGAAGAGAAAGACAGAGAGGUUAAUCAGCUCUCCAAACAUAUAGAUACUGAAAAGGACAAUGCAAAGAGCACAGCUGAUGUGUCUAAGAGUCUGGAGUCAACCAGAGCUCAUUUACAAGGACAGCUGCGAAGCAAAGAAGCUGAGAACAACCGGCUGUCUGUGCAAGUGAAGAACCUGGAGCGAGCAGCCCACCAGCAGAAGGUGGAGGUGGAGCAUCUGAAGGAGCAGCUGGCGAGGCGAAGGCAGCAGGCCGGUGCAGACCGAGAGGCUCUGAAACGAGCCGCGCGGAGCCAGAAACAGAGAGCUGAGCGCAGCGAGGACACCGCAGACCAGUUGAGCAUCCAGCUACUGGACACGGAGAAGCAGGUUGCCGAUGCGCUGUCAGCAGCUGAGACCUGGCAGGGUCACCAUGCCCAAGAGGUGAAAGACAAGAGGAGACUGGAGACUGAACUGUCGCUGUUGAACAGCCGUAUAGCAGCGCUGACGGAGCAGCUGCAGACUACAGUGGAUGAAGGCUGGGCAGAGAGAGAGGCCCUGCUGCAUGACCUGCAUGGACUGACCACAGAGAGCUCUGCUGCCCAACUGGAGAAGCAGUCCCUCAAGGCUACAUCGUCUGCAGUGGAGGAGAAGCUGGCCCUGAGUCAGUCAGAGCUCCAGCAGGUCAGAGCCUCAAUCCAGCAAUAUGAAAGCCUGCUGGACAGCUAUAAGAUCCAGGUUGGAGAAACCCGGGCCGAAGCAGACGAGUACCGUGCUCGGGUGGCUCAGGCGGAGCAGGAGGCCCAGGCGGUGCGCAGGGCGCUGGAGCAGGAGGUGGAGGAGGUGCGCAGCGAGCUGCUGGGGCGGCUGGCACCCUUAGAGCCUCUUCCCGAAGCCUUACGGCGCUCUGACCUGCAGCUGCAGGAGGCCCGGGACAGGGAGCGCAGCCAGGAGAGACGCAGCAUGGAGCUCAGCACCACGCUGACCGACCUCUGCAUGAAGGUGGAGACCCAGAGCAGCCAAGUGGAGCUUCUAAGGCAGAAGAACAAGGUUCUGCUGGAGGAGAACCGACAGCUCCAGCAGCGAGGGGACAGUUUGGAGAGAAAGCUGGCUGAGGCUGGCACUCAGAACACCGACCUUCUGGCGGUCCUCACCAAACGGGAAGACACCAUCCGCAGCAGUCAGCUCCACCUGGAAGAAAAAACCAGGGAAUGUUGUCUGCUGAGCCAAAAGCUGGAGGAAGCUCUGGGGGAUGCUCACCAACAGAUGUCAGAGACCAGAGGACGUGCUGCCACCAAAGAACGCUCCACCCAGUACAAGAUACUGGACCUAGAGGCUCAACUUAGCAGGACUACCUCAGAAAUCAAUCAACUGCGACGCAGCAAGGAGGAGGUGGAGCGGCGGUACCAGAGCCGACUGCAGGAUGUAAAGGAUCGUCUGGAGCAGUCCGACAGCACCAACCGAAGUCUGCAGAACUACGUCCAGUUCCUCAAAGCCUCCUAUGCCAAUGUGUUUGGAGACUUGGCUCUGGACAGCUCGCUGCGUGCCCCCUCCCCCAUCUGACAGUACGGGGGUCUGAGCCUGUGACUUGGACAGCUGGCGGCUGUAAAGAUGUAAUGCUUGGUCAGCCUGGUUGCUGGUUUUAUACCAUUUUGAACCAGUUGGGCUGCUAGUACGGCUUUUCAAAUGCCAGACUUGUCUCUGUAAAGAGUAUUUAGAACUAAUUCAAUGUCUAAAUGUCAUUGGAUUAAAAAAUACAAAUAAAAAGAGAUCUUUUGUACUAUUAAAGCCCUUAAAUGAGGGAUUUAAAAUGUGUGGUGUCAAAACCCCUGUGACAGACAGCAUGUCAACUGUACUCAUGGGGGCUUUACAUUCUCAAGACACGUCAUUUGUUAAAGAUCUUGAAGAUCUUUCACUUUACUCGUGCUUAUUUUUACCGGAUGCUUUAAUCCACUAAAUGCAUUUCUAACACCUUGUAGUACUUUUAACAAUCAAGUUUGAAAACUACAGACUGAGG